CUUGAGAAGAGAACGAUUCAGCGGUAUGGUGCCUCCCCCUUCGUCUUUGUGCAGUGACAGGGAUCAGGGCGUCUUUGCAGUCUCCUAGGAAAUGCUCUGCCUCCCCUGUGACCCUGAGUUAGCUGAAGAGGUUAGAGACUGGAUGGCUGGAAAAAUAGGAGGACUGAUGACGGAGAUACACAUCUCUUAUCUGUGACAAGAGAGUGCAGUGUGGGAAGAAUGCAGGACUCGAGAGCCAUCUGGAAAUGGGAAAGAAAUUGUUGGCUGCCGGACAGUUGGCAGAUGCUUUGUCUCACUUUCAUGCUGCUGUAGAUGGUGACCCCAAAAAUUACCUGGCCUAUUACAGAAGAGCCACAGUUUAUCUGGCCAUGGGGAAAUCCAAGUCAGCUUUGCCGGAUCUCAGUAAAGUCAUUGAACUCAAACCAGAUUUCACCUCAGCAAGGCUACAGAGAGGAAAUCUACUCCUCAAGCAAGGAAAGUUAGAUGAAGCAGAAACUGAUUUUAAAGAUGUGCUAAAAUCCAGUCCUAGCGAGAAAGAAGAAAAAGAAGCUAGGAGUCAGCUGUUAAAAUCUGAUGAAAUGCAAAGACUUGUGGCCCAGGCAAAGAAGGACUAUAGUGCAAAGGAUUAUAAAAUGGCAGCAGAACGUCUUGAUGUGCUUAUAGAGAUCUGUGUCUGGGAUGUAAGUCUAAGAGAACUCCGAGCAAACUGCUUUAUCCAGAUGGGAGAAAUGGGAAAAGCAAUCAGUGACCUAAAAGCUGCAUCCAAAUUGAAGAAUGACAACACUGAUGCAUUCUAUAAACUCAGCACUAUUUACUACAAGUUGGGAGACCAUGAAAUGUCACUUAAUGAGAUCCGUGAAUGUCUGAAGCUGGACCCUGAGCACAAACAGUGCUUCAGUCACUACAAACAGGUGAAAAAGCUGAACAAACAAAUCUUAUCUGCAGAGGAGCUCAUUCAGGAGCAAAGGUAUGCAGAUGCUAUUAAUAAAUAUCAGUCCGUUUUGAAGACGGAAGCUGAUGUUCCACUAUAUACAUUUCAAGCCAAGGAAAGGAUUUGCCAUUGUUUUUCUAAGAACCAGCAAGCAAGUGAAGCCAUUGCCAUCUGCAGUGAAGUCUUGAGCUCAGACCCACAGAAUUUAAGUGCUUUGAAAGACCGGGCUGAGGCUUAUCUUCAGGAUGAGCAGUAUGAAGAAGCUGUCAGAGACUAUGAAAGUGCCCGUGAGAACAAUGAGAACGAUCGAGAGAUCAGUGAAGGACUGGAAAGGGCACAGAGACUUCUAAAGCAGUCCCAGAAGAGAGACUACUACAAAAUACUUGGAGUGAAGAGAAGUGCCCAGAAAAAGGAGAUUAUAAAAGCUUACAGGAAGCUGGCUUUGCAGUGGCAUCCAGACAACUUCCAAGAUUCAGAGGAGAAGAAAAAAGCAGAAAAGAAAUUUAUAGAUAUUGCCUCUGCAAAAGAGGUGCUCACAGAUCCAGAAAUGAGGAGGAAGUUUGAUCAAGGGGAGGAUCCUCUGGACCCAGAGAACCAGCAGAGUGGUGGGAGUGGACCUCAUUUCCAAAGAGGCUGGAACACGUGGACGGGAUUCAAUCCCUUUGGCUCAGGACCUUUUAACUUCAAAUUCAAUUUUAACUGAAGCUGGAGAGACUGGCUCAGUGAUCUGCAACAAGAAAACUGGAAGGGGCCAGAAUUUUGUUUAAUGGAAGACAACUUUACCAAAGUACAGGAUGAUGUCUGCAAGCACCUUAAACAUGUUCUCAUCUGCAGAAAUAGAUCUUGGAUUCCUAAAAUUAAUUCAUUAUACAGUAUAAACUACCAAUAGUGUUUUCAAGUCUGGUAUUAAUUCGAGUGCUGCAGGGUCUUGUUUUCAUUCAUUCUAAGAUCUUCGUUGUUAAUCUUUAUUUGCAUUAUUGGGCUAAUUUAGUCCUUUACAUAUAAACAAGAAAUCAAGUUUUCAUAUGGUCUUAUAAGCUUCACCAUGGCCCUCAAAGAUUUGAGUUGAGGAACCAUGUUGAAAGUGAAAGGUUGUUGAAGUGUUUUAGUUGAAACUUGCCAUUGCACUCUAUGAAGGCUGUGGCAGUGUGUAAAUGCUAAUAAGAAUUUAAAAAUUAAUCUGUAACACUUUCAAUUUCCUGUUCUACAGUAUAUACCUUGGAGCUAAACCUCUCAGGUGAACAAUCACUAUUAGCAUUAAGGACUUUUCUUUAAGUUUUCUAUUGGCACACCAUCCAGGAAGAAUCUAAUGGGACUUUCAUUUAAACUAAGAUGGUAAGCAGCAGCCACUUGUGAUUAAAUGUGGUGAACAGAGGAUUGUUUGUUUUUUUUCCUCCCCUUCCUACCAGGCUGUAAUAUUUGAAUUCGAGUUCCUUUAACAAAAGUAAUUUUGAUGUUUUUGGACUAAAUAUUUUAGAGAUAAAAUGUAAUAAACAUUUUCUGGAGUAUUAAAUGAUACUCCAAGAACAUUCAAACUACACUCAGGAACAGCUUGUCUUCUGGUGCAGCAGGUUUGGCUCUGAUCUGGACUGUGUGGACCAUGUGCUUAGGGUAGUUCAAAUCAGGGUCUGACCAAAUGUACAGAAGUUUGGUUCCUUGACUUAAUUUGAUGUCAAAGUCCCUCCCUAAAGCUAAGGACCUGUCUUUUGGUGUAGCAGGUUUAGUACUUUCCUGGGCUGUGUGGAUCAUGUUCCCAGAGUUAUUCAACAACAUGUAGUAUACUUCAGACAUGCAUAAUGCAGUAUGUCUGAAGAUGGCUGAAACUAUUGAUGAAGCUGGACUUACAAAAUGUUUGUGUAGAUUUCUGAAUGACCACUACAAUUUAAGGUGCAUGUAAAAUGACACUUUACAAUGGAUUGUCAACCAGUUUUGAAGCAUUCCUUCCCUCUCCAGGCUCUUAAAACUUGUUCUGGUUUUAUAUUAUAAUUAAUUCUGAAUUUGUAAAUAAAGAUCUAUUUAUGAUGAA